AUGGCGCCAACAAAAAGAGCUCUAAAAGCGCCAGAUCCAAGACCUCCAGUUCAAGAUCAUCAAAAAGUUUCGGCGGCUUAUGAAGCGAUGAAGGAAAUAGGAUUUCCUCCUGAAAAAGUCAAGCCUGUGCUGAAAAAUCUUUUGAAAUUGUAUGAUGGAAGAUGGGAGCUCAUUGAAGAAGACAACUAUCAAAACCUUGCUGAUGCUAUACUUACAUCCAUGGAUGACAAGGGUACAUCCACGACACGCGACCGUAAUGUGCUUGGCUCCACAACUUCAAGGAUGAAUUCUGUUAUUUACAAAAAGCGGCAUCAAAAUACCGAGCUGGAUGAUGAUGUGACACCUGUAGCCAAAUUGAAGCGCCCACUCACAAAAAGGGAGAAUCAUAAAAAGAAAUUCCAUAAAGUCGAGGACAUAGCGAAAGGUACCGAGACAAUCAGGAUUUCUUUGAUAGACGAAGUUGGUAUAGAACUGCCAAAGUUUGUAUACAUACAACAAAAUACAAAAUAUCAAGAUGCUUAUGUAUCGUUCUCCUUAGCUCGGAUUGCCGAGGAUGGUUGUUGCAUAAAGUGUAAGGGUGAUUGUCUUUCUUCUAGAGUACCUUGUGUGUGUUCUAGUGAGACAGGGGGUGAAUUCGCCUAUACUCCAGAAGGCCUGCUCAAAGACAAAUUUUUAGAUGCUUGUGUGUCCAUGAAUCAUGAUCCAGAAAACCAUCACCUCUUCCAUUGUCAAGAUUGCCCAUUGGAAAGAGCAAUGAAUGGUCACAACCCAGCAUGCAAAGGACACCUAUUGAGGAAGUUUAUUAAAGAAUGUUGGAGAAAAUGUGGUUGCUCAAUGGAUUGUGGGAACCGUGUGGUACAGAGAGGCAUUACUUGCAAGUUGCAGGUGUUCUCUACUGAGGCUAAAGGUUGGGGUGUUCGAACACUUGAAUGCUUGCCAAAGGGUUCUUUUAUAUGUGAAUAUGUUGGAGAGAUAUUGACGAAUACUGAGUUAUGGGAACGCAACAGGCAAGGUCCAAAGAAUGAGAGACAUACAUAUCCAAUAUACUUGGAUGCAGAUUGGGGUUCUGAACAAGUACUAAAGGAUGAAGAAGCUUUGUGCCUAGAUGCAACUUAUUACGGGAAUGUAGCAAGGUUUAUCAAUCACAGAUGCUAUGAUUCCAAUCUAAUUGAGAUCCCUGUUGAAGUGGAAACACCUGAUCAUCACUACUAUCAUGUUGCUUUUUUCACCAAAAGGGAGGUUGAUGCAUGCGAAGAGCUGACUUGGGAUUAUGGGAUUGACUUUGCAGACGAAGAUCACCCUAUAAAAGCAUUUGAAUGUCAUUGUGGCGCUCCGUACUGCCGAGACGUGAGAAGAAUAGCUAUGAAUAAGAAGGUUGGUGCUGGUAAAAUGACAUCAUUCUGGCAUCAUAUUUGGAUUGACAAUUCCUCCCUUGCUUCUGAGUAUCCGUGUGGAACGACCCUACUUUCAAGUGGAAUUGGCGCAGGACCAGUUGAGGCGGCCAGGGGGUGUGGAAGUAUAUCCCAGUUACAUCAACUGUGCUCUAAGGUCUCUCAAGUAACCACUGUUAAUUCCCUGGAUACUUGGCGUUGGUCUUGUGGCUCUAUGAAUGAGCUUUCUGAGAUCCAAGGGCUUACCUUCGAUAACAACUUUACUUGGAAUAAUCAGGUCCCCAAAAAUAUGAACAUUUUGGUUUGCGAGUAG